AUGCUGGAACUGGUCUUAUCGGUACAUGAUGGUUAUCCUUUUCCGUUGGAUAUCAAGACCGGCUUUGACGGAACAACAGAUUCUUAUGAUCGUGCCAUUCGUGAUGCUCUGGCAAUGUUGGCCUCAAAUGGAAUAAAACUUGGAACCGUUGUAACUGACAACUUGCUUGCUCAAGUCCUUGCAUGUGAUCACAAUUUUGUUCAAACAGACGGAUUUCUCAGAAUCCCUUGUGCAGCGCAUACACUUUCCUUGGCAGUUAAGUCAUUUGUUGAAGACUAUUCAAUGGAACAUGAAUUUCCAGUAUUUGAAAAUCUGAAUAAGAUUUCACUUUUUCUCCGCUCUAAGCCUGUUCGUUGUUACUUCAAAGUUGAAUGUCCACUCUACGUAAAAACAAGAUGGACAAGUGAAUUUGAUAUCAUUUUAUGGCUUGUCAAGCAUUAUGAAACGUUGAAAAAGCUGACAUACUCUUAUAUACGAAAAAAGGAGAUUUGA